CUGAUGCGAAGAAGACGAAGCCGUGCCCUUGCUUGCUUGCCCUCCCAACAAAGACCGCAGCUUUGGCUUUUGCAAGGCCUAUAAAUAAUCUCGAAGAGAAAUCUAGGGUUUCGAGGACCGUUUGCUGCGGCUCUUCACCUUCUCUUCUUCGUUGGCCCAAUUCUACCUUGGUGCUUGUUGAACUUUCAAAGCAGCCAAGAUGGUGAAGUUCACAGUUGAGGAACUCCGUAGGAUUAUGGACCUGAAACAUAACAUUCGGAACAUGUCUGUCAUUGCCCAUGUUGACCAUGGCAAGUCUACCCUCACUGACUCUCUUGUGGCGGCUGCUGGAAUCAUUGCACAGGAAGUUGCUGGAGAUGUCAGGAUGACCGAUACUCGCCAGGAUGAAGCAGAACGUGGCAUCACAAUUAAGUCUACUGGGAUUUCUCUUUAUUAUGAGAUGAGUGAUGAAUCAUUGAAGAACUACAAGGGUGAAAGACAUGGAAAUGAGUAUCUCAUUAACCUGAUUGAUUCACCUGGGCAUGUUGAUUUUUCAUCUGAGGUUACAGCAGCACUCCGUAUUACUGAUGGUGCUUUAGUCGUUGUUGAUUGUGUGGAGGGAGUGUGUGUUCAAACAGAAACUGUUCUAAGACAAGCCCUGGGUGAAAGAAUCAGGCCUGUGCUGACGGUCAAUAAGAUGGACCGGUGCUUCCUAGAGCUCCAGGUUGAAGGUGAGGAAGCAUACCAAACAUUCCAACGUGUCAUUGAGAAUGCAAAUGUUAUUAUGGCAACAUAUGAAGAUGCCCUUCUUGGUGAUGUCCAAGUUUACCCUGAGAAAGGAACUGUUGCUUUCUCUGCUGGGCUGCAUGGUUGGGCAUUCACACUCACCAACUUUGCCAAAAUGUAUGCUUCCAAAUUCGGAGUAGAUGAAAGUAAGAUGAUGGAGAGGCUCUGGGGUGAAAAUUACUUUGAUCCAGCUACCAAGAAGUGGACUAACAAGAGCACUGGGACUCCUACCUGCAAACGUGGGUUUGUUCAAUUUUGUUAUGAACCAAUCAAGCAGAUCAUCAACACUUGCAUGAAUGAUCAGAAGGACAAGUUAUGGCCCAUGUUGCAGAAGCUUGGUGUGACAAUGAAAUCAGAAGAGAAGGAUUUGGUUGGUAAGGCUUUAAUGAAGCGGGUCAUGCAGACUUGGCUUCCCGCAAGUAAUGCGCUCCUUGAAAUGAUGAUAUUUCACCUUCCAUCUCCUUCCAAGGCACAAAGGUACCGUGUGGAAAACUUAUAUGAGGGUCCUCUUGAUGAUAUGUAUGCCAAUGCAAUCAGAAACUGUGAUCCAGAAGGUCCUCUUAUGCUGUAUGUUUCAAAGAUGAUUCCCGCAUCAGAUAAGGGUAGGUUCUUUGCCUUUGGCCGUGUAUUUGCAGGGAAGGUUUCCACUGGUCUAAAAGUAAGAAUUAUGGGUCCAAACUAUGUUCCUGGCCAGAAGAAGGAUCUGUAUGUGAAGAGUGUUCAGAGGACUGUCAUCUGGAUGGGAAAGAAGCAAGAGUCUGUGGAGGAUGUGCCAUGUGGAAACACUGUAGCAAUGGUUGGUUUAGAUCAAUAUAUCACUAAGAAUGCAACUCUUACAAAUGAGAAGGAAGUUGAUGCGCACCCAAUCAGAGCAAUGAAAUUCUCAGUGUCUCCUGUUGUUCGUGUUGCAGUGCAGUGCAAGGUUGCAUCAGACCUUCCCAAGCUUGUUGAAGGUCUGAAGAGAUUAGCCAAGUCAGACCCUAUGGUGGUUUGCACAAUGGAAGAGUCUGGUGAACAUAUUGUUGCUGGUGCUGGAGAACUCCAUCUUGAGAUCUGCUUGAAGGAUUUACAGGAGGACUUCAUGGGAGGGGCAGAGAUUAUAGUUUCUGACCCAGUGGUUUCCUUCCGAGAGACUGUGCUUGAGAAAUCAUGUAGGACAGUGAUGAGCAAGUCUCCAAACAAGCAUAACCGGUUAUAUAUGGAAGCAAGGCCCUUGGAGGAAGGGCUUCCUGAGGCCAUUGAUGAUGGGCGCAUCGGACCGAGGGAUGAUCCCAAAGUCCGUUCAAAGAUCCUGUCUGAAGAGUUUGGUUGGGACAAGGAUCUUGCCAAGAAGAUCUGGUGCUUUGGUCCUGAGACCACUGGCCCCAACAUGGUUGUAGACAUGUGUAAGGGAGUGCAGUAUCUCAAUGAAAUCAAGGAUUCUGUUGUGGCUGGCUUCCAAUGGGCAUCCAAGGAAGGUGCGCUUGCUGAGGAAAAUAUGCGAGGCAUAUGCUUUGAGGUGUGUGAUGUCGUUCUGCAUGCAGAUGCUAUUCACAGAGGUGGUGGGCAGGUUAUUCCGACAGCAAGAAGAGUUAUUUACGCCUCUCAAUUAACCGCCAAACCAAGGUUGUUGGAACCUGUUUACCUGGUGGAGAUUCAGGCACCUGAGCAAGCCCUUGGUGGCAUUUAUGGUGUUUUGAACCAGAAGCGUGGUCAUGUGUUCGAAGAGCUUCAGAGGCCUGGGACUCCAUUAUAUAACAUCAAGGCCUAUCUUCCAGUCAUAGAGUCUUUCGGAUUCUCAAGUACUCUAAGGGCAGCUACAUCUGGUCAGGCUUUCCCUCAGUGUGUGUUUGAUCACUGGGACAUGAUGUCCUCCGACCCGCUCGAAGCAAAUUCUCAGGCAGGACAACUUGUGGCUGAUAUCCGGAAGAGGAAGGGUCUGAAGGAGCAAAUGACCCCAUUAUCGGAGUUCGAAGAUAAGCUGUGAGGUGUCCCUUUCCGGCUUUCUACUUCCCUUCUCUAUUUUUCCAUUGUCUUCGUUACUAUAUAUCUAGUUGUGUCUCUCUAAUUGCCCAAUCUCAUUUUGUUUGUCAUGUUUUGAUUGUGCCCAACAUUUUAAUUUAUUUUAGUGGAUUGUCAAAAACACGGAGAUGUCAGUGAAUGUAUCUGAGUUUAUACUAUUUUAUCCAAUGCUCUACUCAUAUGUACUCUACUACUGCUUGUUUUUA